AGCUGGGGUGGGAGGGCGGCGGGGUGAUCGUCGCCAUGGUUACGGCCCGGGCGGCCAGAGGAGGGCCGCCAUGCUUACGGCUCAGGCGAGCGGGUUGAGGGUCGCCUUCCUUGAUUACCGCCCAGGCAGGCGGGGCGACCGUGGCCUUGGCGACGACCCCGGCUGGCGUAGGUCGGGGCCGUCGCUGACACGUCCUGGUUCUGCAGCAGCUGGAUUUCCUCAGCCCCUUCCAGCUCUACUUCAACCCGCACCUCGUUUUCAGGAAGUUCCAGGUCUGGCGGCUAGUCACCAGUUUCUUUUUCUUCGGGCACCUGGGAUUCAACUUCUUCUUCAACAUGCUCUUCGUGUUCCGCUACUGCCGUUUGCUGGAGGAGGGCUCGUUCCGCGGCCGCACGGCCGACUUUGUCUUCAUGCUUCUCUUCGGGGGCGUCCUCAUGACCCUGCUGGGGUUCCUGGGCAGCCUGUUCUUCCUGGGCCAGGCCCUCAUGGCCAUGCUAGUGUAUGUGUGGAGCCGUCGCAACCCGCGCGUCAGGGUCAACUUCUUCGGGCUCCUUACUUUCCAGGCACCCUUCCUGCCUUGGGCACUCAUGGGCUUCUCGAUGCUGCUGGGCAACUCAGUCCUCGUGGACCUGAUGGGGGCUGCCGUUGGCCACAUCUACUACUACUUGGAAGAUGUGUUCCCCAAUCAGCCUGGAGGCAAGAGGGUGCUGCUGACUCCCAGGUUCCUGAAGCUGCUACUGGAUGCCCCAGAGGAGGAUCCCAACUACUUGCCCCUACCAGAGGAGCAGCCGGGACCCCAGCCGCCACCCCCAGAGCAAUGAUCUCCUGCCAGCCUGGGGCCAUCCCUGGCAAGCCUCCACCCUAUCUGCACACCCAGCUCAGACUCAUCCUGGAGAUGCUAGUGCCCGGGAUUGACCUGAAUAAACAGUGACCUGCAGCCUCUCGGCCACGCAUUGGCUUCCUCUGUCCUGUUUGUGGGGCACGUCCCGGGCCAGGCCCAAGGUACAGCUCUACUCAUACUAAACCUGGCUGCCCUCUGAGCCCAGCCACAGGCAGUGGGGUGGAAGGCCCCAAAGGCUGGGGCUGCCUGCAGUGGUCCAGCUGAGCUCAGGGCCUCAAUGGGGCCUUGGGCAGGUUCCCUGCUGGCCACUGAGCUUUCCAGACUACGGCAGCCAGGGCUCAGGGCAGUGUAUGGGUGUCCCCUGCCUGUGGCACUUCACCCGGCAUUCCCACCUCUCACCAGCAACCCCAACCGUGUCGAGGGGCGUUCUCCCCAUUACCCAGCUGGUGCCACUGAGGCUGAGUGGCUAAGGGACUUGGCUGAGGCCUCAUGGGGUCCUUCACUCUCCCUGUGGCACCUAAGCCUGGAGAAGCUUCCACCUUAGCAGAGCCUUGUGAUAAGUGAGGCAGACUCUGGGCAGCAAAGGUCUACUGCUGCCACUUUUAGCUAAGGAUCUUGUGUGGGCCCUUGCCUGCUCUCUACAGCUCAGGUUUCUCAUCUGUGAAGUGGGCACCCAGAGCGUCGGCCAGCUUUCCUGUUGCCCUUGAGCAGUUGGCCUGACAGUUUAUUCCUGGGUGACCAGCAGCACCGGAGUGGCACCUGCCCUGUAUUAUCUCGUAAGACUGGGGUACAUGUGCAGUUCACCACGUAGGGCUCAACUAGGCAAGGAGACCCACGUAGGUGGCUUGUCCUCAUGUGCCUACCUCCAUCCUGUAGGGUGGGCCACUUCAUGUUUCAGACAAGGGUGUGGGGGCCAUGGGAGAGAGAGUGAGGGAGGGGGGCCCAGGGCCUUCCCACCGUCUCUCCAUACUGCACGCACCCCAGGGGCCAGUGUCCUGCCAGUGUCACUCCUCACAGCCAGCCCGGGGCAGAGGAGCAGCAGCUGGCCUGGACCACAGUGCCAGGCAGGGUGGAGGGCUCUGUCAACCUCUUACAUGUGCUGUGGUAAGGCUGGCAUCACCCUGCUGGGGUGGAACCCUGGCACAGCCCAAUGGGACCCCACCUGUGCCCUGUUCUUAGCCUGGGGGGCUGAGCACUAGGGUCCAGCACGCAGGGCUGCUUGCUACUUCAUUCAGUCAAGCAGAGCCACUUGGUGGGGAAGGGGCAUGAGGGCACCGCCUACCUGAGGUGCUUCCUGCCCUCUGGGUUCCCCCACUUCCUGCAUGGACCAGCCCCACUGCCCAUCUCCUGCCUCUGCAGGCCGCUGGGCUCAGCUGUCCAGUGGCCUCAAGGGCUCUGGGGCUUGGGUGGCCGUAGAGGGAAGUCUCCUGUCAGCCAGGCCCCAAAGCCCCCAGCCAGGCCCAGUGGCAGGCCGCGGCACUUCCCAUUCUUAUUUUUAUGUCACCAGUUGGAGAAAGCAAAUAUGACCCGUUACCUUUUAUUUAAAAAGUUUUGCUAGCCCUGCCUGGGCUUCCUAUAGAAAAACUAAACACAACUCAAAAUGAGGCCUCUUCCUGACCCCAGAGGCCAGAGUGGGUGGCGGAGUAAGGCUCAGCAAUGGAAUGUGUGCCAAGGGCAGCUGGAAAGCCCCCACCUGUGCCACCUGGCACGACACAGCUGUCUCUGCGUCUCCUUGCUAGAAGGUGCUGGAGGACAGGUGGUAUGAUCUUCUGAGCUGUUCCAGUGGGUGCCCAUGGUGAGGUGGUUACCAGGCUGGGGCAGUAUUGGCGAGACGCCGCAUCCGCCUGGGGGGAGAGGGCAGUGAGGCAGGGCAGCUACCAGCCGGGUGGCCCACCCCAGGCCUGUAGGGCAGCUGAGUGCAGGCAACAGGGACUGGAGUCCACCAGCAGGUCACUUGGGCACCCCCUCUGCCUUGAUCGUCUGCUGCCUGGCCCAGAAGUAGCUUGCUCUCCUGCCCUCAGCCCUGUAAGCUCUCCAGGGCCUGAGGCCCAGCUCUGGGCUGUGGUCAGCACCAACCUGAGGGCCUUGUCACCCAGGGGCCUGCCUCUGGCACCCGGGUCCCCUCCCUGAAACCACAGGCCCUGGGAGGAGGGAGAUAGCCCUGCCCCCCCGCCUAUGGAUAGAGCAUCUGUAGGGGCUGGAGGGUACCUUGUGUUCCUGUCCUGGUCGCGGAUCUUCUUCUCCAUCUCGGCGUCCGUCAAGGUCUCCAGCAGUGGGCACCACUGGUCAGCAUCGCCGGUAUUACGGAUGGCGAUCUCCACCGUAGGCAGGGGGUUCUCACUGUAGGAGAAGGGGUGGGGAGAGCAGUGACCAGUUCACCGAACAGCACUGGUGGGGCCCCAAACCACAGUGCCCGCCCUACAGAUGGAACACUGCCCAUCAGCGUUCCAUGGCCGGGAAGAAGGCUUGGCUGGGCUCCAUCUCCUGGCUCUAACACUGCCACCCCGGCAGCCCACAGGCCUCUCUGCAGAACACACUCCCAACAGGCCCUUGUGUCAGCCACCCGGCAUCUCUCAGCCAAGUUGCGAGGGGACACUCACUGGGGGGGUUCCACUGAGAUGGCAGGUUGGCUGGGCCACUAUGGUGCUUGGUGGAUCACAGCCAAGAAGCAGUGCCCACCUAGACAGGGAAGGAGAGCUGACCACCUUGCUCAGAGUCCAGGGCCAGGACCCAUCAGGGCUCACAGGCCAGAGGAACAGGAAAGAGAAUGGUGGAGUCCCCUGGCCCCCUGAGGUACUGAUGCCCUCCAGGCACAGAGGGGAGCUGGACUACCCACUCCUGAGUGUUCUGUAUUGUGGCCCCUCAGCCCACUUCACAGGGCCAAGCUAAGUCCCAGAAAGGUCUGGUUACUUGCUUGGUCAGACAGCUGGUGAGCAGAGCUGGGCUGGAAACUUCAUUCCUGAUCCCACCCUGCCCUGUGGUCCCUCAGAGACCCAGUGGUUCACACCUGAAGGAUACCUGAGCAUGCCCCUGCUAGUGGACUGUGCUCCCAGGAUGGUCUAGAUGCCCAGUGUCCGGGCGGAAGGACAAAGCAGGCCUGGGAGCACUAGGGUGGGGAGGAGGGUGUUAGGUGGUUGUCUUCCAGAUGCAUGGGGGGUUCCAGGAGGACCCAGGGGCCCAGUGUCAGCCCCACCUCAAGGGUAAAGAGGAGCUCUAGGGCUUGGCGCCUUCCCGGUCAGAUCUUGCCUAGCCCCUGGCCUGGCAGCAAGCCUCAACAUGACCCUAACCAUGAUCCUCCCAUGAUUCCCCCGACACGCCCAUGAGGCUCUUUCCUCUUGUCUCCUGAGGCCCAGUCCUGGAGAACUGCCCCACACUAUCGCUGUGCUCAGCCGAUGUCUGCCCACUCUGUAGGAAGGGGGAGCUCUAGGGGAAGGAGGGUAGACAGCCUCUAGUCAGGCAAUCUGGUGGUUCUAGUUUGUCAUCUGUGAAAUGGGAAUGAUAUCUGCUGCUGUGAGGACUGCUGGAAGGCUACUCUAAGUAACCAACAUCCACCCACUGAGACUAUUUCUGAGGCGCCUGGAACUUUCUCACACAGCCCCUGCAGCUGGUUCCCCUAGGUAUGCCCGCUGUACUGGGCCCUCUGCUCUUGGGCCAGCCUUGGCUGACCUUGUGUCCGCCCUGUGGAAGUGGCCUCGCCUCCUGCUCCUGAAGCUCAGCCUGUUGAGUCCAUGCCCACGAGGCCCAUAUACUGAGCCCAUGCUGGUGAUUGAGAGAUGUGUGGCUGGGCCCCACCACUCACCCACCCUGGACACCAGGGCAGGUCCUUCCUCAGCAUCUCCUGACAGUGACUCUCCAGCCAGUGCCUGGGGUUUGGAAAUCCAGGAACCACCCAGCCCCAGACCAUCAUCAAUCACCCAGGCGCCGGCUGCCUUCCAGGAGGGAGACAUGAAAGGAGCCACAGUUACACUGAGGGGCAAAACAUGUUUUUGUCCUGUGUAAACAAGAGCUCACGAGUGGUGCCUGAGGCCCCUUGUUUACCUCCUCAACUCUGGAAAGAUCCCAAUCCAGUGCGCUGCUUGUAAAGGAAGAACCGCUUGACCUGACCGCGUUGAGUGGGCCUGGAGCCAGCAUGGAGACUGACUUGGGCUGCGGGGAAGCAGUAGACGCAGCCAGAGCUCCAGAGGCCCUGGGGGCUGUGGGAGCUGCCCUUCGUCCCCACCUUGGAGGGGAUUCUGAUCUGUGGGCCGUUGCAACAGCCCCCCAGUGUCCAGGUGGGGACAUACGCCCGGACCAGGAAGGGACUGAGGCCUGUGGGGUACCGUGAGGUUCAUGUUCAAUGGGAUCUUGCUUCCAUGACACCACUGGAUGCAGCAGGCACUGGAUGCAGGCCAGCUAACACAAAUGAGAAUAGAGUGGAGGGGAAAUGGCCUGCCUGCAGCCACACAACUGGGAGGAGAGGAGAGGAAAACUAGACGACCCCUCCAACAAGAGUGCCAAGUCCAUUCAAUGGAGGAAGAACUAUUUUCUCAACAAAUGGUGCCCAAACAACUAGAUCUCCACAUGGACAAGAAUGAAGUCGCACCCCACCUCAUACCAUAUACAAAAAUUAACUCGAACAGAUCAAACGCCUAAAUGUAAGAGCUAAAAUGAUAAAACUCUUAGAGGAAAACAUAGGUGUAAAUUUUCAUGCCUUGGAUUUGACAAUGAUUUCCUACAUAUAUGACUAAAAGCACAAGAAACAAACAAAAAAAUAGAAUAAUUGGACUUUAUCAAUAUUUAAAAACUUUUGUGCUUCAAAACGCAUCACCAAGAAAGUGAAAGACGAUCCACAGGAUGGGGGAAAAUUUCGGGAAAUCAUGUAACUUGUAAGUGUCUAGUAUCCAGAAUAUAAGGAGCCCUGGUAGAGCACUAAGUGCUUGGCUGCUAACCGAAAGGUCGGUGGUUCAAACCACCAGCUGCUCCUUGGAAGAAAAGACCUGGCAAUCUGCUCCCAUAAAGAUUAUAGCCUGGGAAACCUCUGGGGCAGUUCUACUCUGUCACAUAGGGUCACUUUGAGUUGGAAUCAACUUGACACACAACAAUCCAGAAUAUAUAAAGAACUCCGAAAACUCAACAAGGAGACACAACCCAAUUAAAAAAUGGGCAAAACCUGAAUAGACAUCUCUCCAGAGAAAAUAUACAAAUGGCCAAUAAACAAGUGAAAACAUCCCCAUGUUGUCAUUAGUCAUUUGGGAAAUGCAAAAAAAAAAAAAAAAAGGAUAA